UAAGAACAUCGCAUUUUGCGAUGUUGUGGGCUCCGUCCAUCGCUCGGCUUGUCAUGUCAGUGCAUCAUCGCCACCAGAAAAGAAGCAAAAAUCCCUCGCACGACCGCAGAAAAGCAUUCUCCAUCUUAAGUUUUCUUCGCGGUGUAUCGGGACAGUGAAGUGCAGUGCAGAUAAUACCGUGAAAAUCUGCAAUUCCGGGUCCGAAUCCGUGCCGUUUCGCUUGGGUAGCUACCGUGGAUCGUCGGUCCGGUGUUUUCCGUGUGCAAUCGUGCUGUUCCGCGACAGGGUGAAAGAAAAUUGCGGGCGCCAAAAUCGCUACUAGUGUAGAGUGAGUGCGUGCUGGGGUGGAAUAUUGGUGUUUUGUGUGUGGGAUCAUCCAAGGAAAAGGAGCAAAAAACAAGCUCUGCUCUGCGGCCGAAAAGUGGAAGGAAAAGUCGUCGGGUUUUCUCGUGUUGCCCUGGAUUAGUACGCUGUGUGGAAGGUGGAGCUCUGCCUCGAGAUCCCGGGAAGAGCCAAGCAGUCAACUGAAUCGCGACCGUCGAAACAUUUUCAUGAGUGGGAUGCCCAGGAUAAUUACUUCGUUCUGGAUGUCGAAUAAAAAUGGCCACAGCCGUCGAAGAACCUGAUCUGUUUAACGGGCUGGAGAUCACAGAAAUGGACGAGAUGAAUAUGGACAACAGCGAUGAGUACGUUUUCAUUCCGUCGGACAAUGAAAACGACGACGACAAUGGAUCCGGCACCCAUGCUUCGGUAAUCAGCCAAUCCGUAAUUCAACUUCAAGCUACCGCUCAUAAACCGAUAGAAUCGGUAGCGAGAAGUGUAGUGGUAACUCAGAAAACCGAAAUGUCCGAACCGGCCCCAAGCGUUGGACGAAUGGAUACGGCAGGCGACCAGCUGUUGGCACAGAUUGAGUUGGGGAAUGAGUUGAUGAAGAGUAUUGGCGAUGCGCACGUCAUGGAUGGAGAAAUACGGAUAGUGAAAAGGAUAGACCUAACAGAAGAUGACGAUGCUAUGAAAGAACAUGAAGAUCAGAGAUUCACAGUAAGCUACGAUUUCAACCUGGAUAUGCAACAAUUGCUGAGCAUUCAACAGGCAGAAGAGCUGUCUCCGGGGAUAACUAUCAAAGAAGAAAUAGAAAUUGAAGAAGCUGUAGUCAAUCUACCAAACGAUGAGGAGGCUGGUUCCUCCACAGAACAGAUGGAGUUAAUUCAUCACGAUGAACACCACCUUGGCAGUGAAGUGAUCACACUGGAUUCUGAUGCCGCCGAAAGUGAAAACGAAGAGGACAGCGUCCUGUUAGCUUUGAUUGAACAAUGUCCAAUCACGAUCAAAGAAGAACGUCCAGACGAGGACAAAACUUCAGUGGAAAAUGACCAUGCUUAUAGCUCACAAACGGAUCAAGAGGCAGCUAAUCUGGCAAAACCUGAUAACACAAUGCAGACUUUUAUGGACAUUUCUGAACGGCUUCUCAAAGAAACUGACGACUCCGUAGCAAAUAAAGAUCAAACACUAAAAAGCAUAGCCAGCAUCGAGGAACAGUUAAAGCUGCUUAAAGAAAAGCUUAUGUCAAAAGAGGAACCUCCAGUUGAACAGAAAGAACCAGAUAAUAACGUAGAUCAGGAAAUUACCGAAAAAGAGACACCCGCUCCGCCAGAGGUUCCUCUGGAAGAAGAAACCAUCCCUACCGAAGCUCCUUCGCGUAAAGAGUCAACGGAAAUGGACGCGCUUUCUUUGGAGUUAUCGGAGAACUGUUCUGAACGUCUGGAGUGCAAUUCUGUUAGUGACCUAGCUGUAUCGAAUAACUCGGAAACGAGUGAUAAAGGAAGCGACACUGUAAGCUCGUCGGAUCAGCCGGCAGUGCUUCACACGUCUGUGGGUCAUGGAGAUGAACAUGUGGAGAACAAGGACACGGAAGUUGUGCAAGAAAAUACUUCAGAACCCUUAGAGCAGCCGGAUGCUAUGGACAUUACAGAAGAACCCUUAGAGCAGCCGGAUGCUAUGGACAUUACAGAAGAUUUGUCUAAAAAUUUAUCACAAGACGCGUCAGAACCAUUGGAACAUCAAGCCACAGGUAUCAUGGAAGAACCCAGUCUCAAGGAUACCGAUCAAGAAAAAGAAGCCGAUCCUCACCUUGAAACUGAAAGCAAUUCAGAAGAGGUACAGCUCAAUGAUGACAGUUGCGAGAAAGAAGAAACUUCAGAAGUAGAUCCACCGAAUCGUAAGAUAUUAGAGAUAACUAAUGUGGAAGAUCUCAUCGCCUAUGGUGAAUUGUACACACAGCAAUGUGAAAAAGUGUUGGAUAUGCUCAACAAUAAUCGCCAAAAAGCACAAAUCGAAGAUGACAACGAUCAGGAAACAUUACAAGUAAAUAAGGAAGAAUGUUCAAAAGUAGAACUUUACAUGGCGACCUUGACAAGCACUAUCCAGCGGUUAAGUCUGAAACUGUCGUCAAACGGGAACACAUCAGCUUCCAACCUAGUAGAUGUAUCCGUGCAAACGGAAAAAAUAAAGCGUACACCUGUCAACGCAAAGGCGCUCAACGAAAAGUACAAGAAACGUCUACUGAGCUCACUGGGCGAAGCGGAAGCUUUCGAAGAAGAUUCGUCGGACAGCGACAGCGGAUCAACAGCUUCUAACGAUAGAGAUGGCAAAUCAAGUGACGUACCGGAAGAAGAAGUUUACGCAGAUGAAGAUGACGAAGAUGAGGCUGCGUUUGAAAGGAGGCAACAUCGACGGAAGUCAAAGCGAUUGCGGGAAAAAUUGGCCGAAGAAGAAGUUACCGAAGGUACCGAACGAGAAGGAUCGGCGGACGAAGACGAUGUACAACCGAGCAAGAAAAGAAAUGCUCGACGACUGGGCUCCACGGAUUCGUCCACAUCCAAAGAAGACAGUGCACCUCAGCCAACGGACGACGGAGAUGACGAGAUUCCAGUUAAAAAUGAACCGUUUAUUGAAAAUGAUACAGCGCUUGAAGCUAUGGAUGAUGAUAACGACGAGGCCUCCACAUUAAUAAUUAAGCAUGAAUCGUCGCUAGAAAUUACACAGUCCGAAGAAAAGAGUAAGCUUGGAGAGGAAAAUGAAGACUCAAGUAGGGAGCAGCAGGAGGAAGGAGCAGCUGACGACCAGUCGGACAGCGGGUUGCUUGAUGAUGUGCUGGGUCAGGUGGACGACAUUCUUUUGGAUGUCAACGAUAUUCUUCCUGCAGCGGAGGGAGUUGUGCAAGAUUAUUUGGUGGAGGAGGAAGUGAGAACAGAGCAAACAGAGGAACAAAAAGAGCAUAAACAAAAUGAAACUGUUAGACCCAAGGCGAAGAAGAGUGGUGGAAAAAGGAUUGACAGCGAAGGGGAAGAUGAAUCCGAUCAUGAUGAGCGGGAGAAGAGCAAGGCCCCUGAGGAUAUGACAGAAUCCGAGCUGGAAGAGUAUUACGAUAAUUUGCGGGACAAGGAAAUCGAUAAGCUGUGCAAUUUGACGAAUUUGGAAGUGGCAAGAAAUGCCUAUCCGCAGAAGCCACAAGAUGUAAAGAAAAAACCGGUGUUGGUGAAAAAGAAGGAGCGUGUCAUGGAUGACAUCCUGAACAAUGUUGAACUCCAACAUGAGUCGGAGGACAGUGAAAGCGAUACGGAGGUUUUGGAGACCGAGGAACAGUUCCUGCAGAAAUGCAAUGAAAACAUGAAGAAUCAGCUGCUCAAUCAGCUGAGCAGUAGUGACACGGAUCACGAUUCUGGUAGUGAAGACAGUGCGGUUGAAGCGCUCAAACAGGAUGAAGAUUAUGAUUCGGAUGAUUCGGCCGGGUCUAUUCUGAUGGAAAAGUUUUUGAAGAGCUUGGACAAAGAUCAUGAUGUAAGUGGCGGUGAGGAAGAUGUUCGUAAUGACGAUAAUAGUAAGGAGGAUGAAGAGGCGGACUCUUCAACGCUAACCGAGGAAGUUGAUGCGGAUAAAAGUAAGAAAAGCGACAAAGAGUUCAUCGAUGAUUCAGAGACACCGGAGGCCGAUAAUGAGGAAGCGAUGGAAAAAAUGAAGGCUCAACUGAAAAAUGCGGAACGAAAGAAAGGCGACUCGGCGGUCAAAGAAAAGUCGAAGGAUGGUUCAACAGGUACCAGCAAGACAGCUACGAUAGAUCCAAUCGAUAAGCAGUUGUUCAGCAAAAAGAUGUUCCGAGAAGUGGACGAAACUCUGCGGAAGGAUCGUGAGCAGGACAUGUUCGGCAAGGAAAACGGAUCUCUGGCAGAUCGAUCCGACCGAAUAGGAAGUGAUGAUUCGGACGUAGAACUGUUGGAUGUCUCAAUGUUCCAGCCGAAGAGGAAAAUGAAAGAGAGGAAGUUGGAGGAUUUCGAUUUCAGUGCCAGUGCGAAACGACCGGCAACGCAAGCCAAGAAGCCAAACACGAAGGACGGUGAUUGCAUCAGCCUGAGCUCCGAAAGUGAAGCUGAAGUUGAGGAGAGUACCGAAACGGAAGAGAAGGAAAAUAAACAACGAAAGAUUCGAACCAUGUUAACUCAAGAUCAGUUAGCGGAUGAAACGAAGAGCGCUCAGAAGGAUGAGGAGAUCAGAGUUUCUCGAUUGAAGAAGAAGAAUGAGAACUUGAAGAAAUUCCUGGUCACAUUCAAGCCAGGGCCGGAGGAGAGUAAUAUCGUGUUGGACUAUGACGCUAAAGUAGGAAAGGCUAUUUGUGUUCAUCCAGAUAUUGUAAAGCUUUUGAAACCUCACCAAAAAGAAGGCGUUCGUUUUAUGUACGACAAUACCUACGGAAGUGUGGAAUAUAUCAACAAGAAUCCAGGAUCCGGGUGUAUCCUAGCUCAUUGCAUGGGUCUUGGUAAGACACUUCAGCUGAUUACUCUUUUACACACGGUGAUGCGUUAUCCUCAACUGAAGACCAAACGAGUACUUGUCAUUUGUCCUAAAAGUACCGUCAUGAACUGGAGCGACGAGAUUCAACACUGGCUAGGAGCUCUCAAGAGUGGUCCUCGCCUGAAGGUGUUCUACUUCCCGGACAAUAGUGAUGUCAACGACAAGCUCAAGGUUCUCAGCGAUUGGUACUCCUCGACUGCGAAUCGGUGCGGAUGCAUGCUCAUCGGAUACGAAGCUUUCCGAAUCCUGGUGAAUUACGAGAAGCGCAAACGGACACCGUCGAACAUUCUCGCGGCGAAGGCUGCCUUCGUGAAGAAGAAAGUGGACGAAUAUCUGCUCAAUCCGGGCGCAGAUCUGGUCAUCUGCGACGAGGGUCAUCAGAUCAAGAACAAGAAGUCGGCUAUCAGCGGGGCGGUGUCGCAGAUCAAAACCAAGCGGAGAAUCGUGCUGACGGGAACGCCCAUUCAGAACAACCUGAAGGAAUAUUAUUGCAUGGUUAACUUCAUCAAACCGUCGUUUCUGGGAAGCGAUCGGGAAUUUAACAACCUGUACGCCAACCCUAUCAAAAACGGACAACACAAGGAUUCGGACAGCCGGGCGAUCAAAAUUAUGAAACAGAGAUCGUACGUUUUGCACAACAAACUGUCCAAGUUUGUUCAGCGGAGAGAGGCCGGUGUACUGAAGGAAUUCCUUCCGGAAAAGUUUGAGUAUGUUUUGUUCGUUCCACUAACGCCUGUACAAGAAAAAAUGUACGAAGUGUUUCUGCAAAUGAACGAAUACACAACUCCAACAGGGGAAGCCGGUGAUGCAGCCAAGGGUAAAAAGUUCAAACUGCUUGCCGAUUACACUUCACUCAGAAAGAUUUGGACGCAUCCCAAGGUUUUGGAGAAGGCAUGGGAAACGGCCGUGCAGGAGAAAAACAAACGUGACGCCCGGUUCCGGUUGACCUCGACGCCGGAUUCGGACGACGACCGGCCCGAUGAUUACAACGACAUCUCGUCCGGUGCCCUCUCCGUCACGAACGAUUGGUGGCGCAAACAUUUGGAGGCCAAUGAUCUCGAGUCGCUGUACCCCAGCGGAAAGCUUCGGAUAAUGUUCGAAAUAUUGAAGCAGUGCGAGGAGCGAGGGGAGAAAUGCUUGAUCUUCUCGGCUUUCGUGGCGGUGUUGAACGUGGUAGAGCACUUCAUGGCGAAGAUACACAACCGGGAGAAGGAAUCGAUGGCUGAUGUGUAUGGGUACCGUUCUUUCAAGGGUCCGUGGGAACCAGGAAAGGAUUACUAUAGACUGGAUGGAAAGACGCAGAAAAAUCUUCGCCAUCGUAUGAUUACGUCGUUCAAUGAUCCGUCCAACAAACGGACAAAGUGUUUCUUGAUUUCGGCCAAGGCCGGAGGUCAGGGAAUUAACCUUAUCGGAGCAAACCGGGUGAUUAUCUUGGAUACGUCGUGGAACCCUUCCAAUGACCAGCAGAACAUUUUCCGGAUAUUCCGAUUGGGUCAGAAGAGGAAGUGUUUUGUGUAUAGAUUACUAGCGAUGGGUACCAUGGAGGAAAAAGUGUACUCACGAUCAGUGACAAAGCAGGCCAUGAGUUUCCGAGUGGUGGACGAGCAGCAGAUCGAUAGGCAUUACAGUUUUUCGGAACUGGCCGAACUGUACAACCUUUCAAAAGUGGCCGAUCAAGUGCGAGAGGUACCAAUUCUACCCGCUGAUGAUGUUCUGGCGUCACUGUUGAGGAACCAUCCGGAUUGUGUGUUCAAAUAUCACGAGCAUGACUCUUUGUUGGAAAAUAAACCGGAACAGGAUCUGAGCGAGGAAGACAAACGGGAAGCUUGGGCAGCAUACGAGCGGGAAAUCCAGAACAACGAAAAGCCAUCCUACCUGGGAGGCAAUAUGAAUAUGAUGCCCAAUUUCAUGAAUCCCAUGUUUCCGGGUGCACCUGGAACCGGAAUUGGACCGUACCCACCGUUGAGCUAUUCCGGGCUAUCAGGAACUUUGGCCGAUAUGUAUAGGAGCGAUUUCGGAUACGGUUCCGGAAUGAAUCGGUUAAUGUACCCUUAUGGGAACCAAUCGUAUCCGAUGGUGAACGAUCCGAGUUAUUCCUCAAUAAUGGGAAAAUCUCCUUACCAAAACUUUGGUCUUCCCUCGGCGGCCUCGGGUAGUUUACCGGACUUUGGAUUAACGGGGGCCAUGAACGGGCAGGGCGCCAGUGGAACCACAAACUACAAUUCAACCGUAGCGCUUCAAAGCCUACUAGAUCUGUACGCCAAAUCCAUGUCUACUGCGAUGAGUUCCAGUACAAUCACAACCGCAACUGCAACCUCCGUUUCUCCCAGUACAUCGACUUCUGCGGCCGGUGUCUCACCCUACAACGCACUCAGUUCCCUGAAGCAGUUCAACGGGUUUCCACCAGUGCCAUCCAUUCCAACUCCCGUUCCUCAUUCGUCUCCUCAACUACCCCCACCAAAAACCUCCCAAAGCCCUAGUAGCAUGACUGGAAACGCAGCGCUCAUCAACAUGCUCAAUGAAGUACCCAUGCCAAUGUCAUCGGCUGCGUCGUCUGGACCGUUUUCUCAUUUGAAAACUCCGCUACCUGCUCCCUCCAUUCAUAUCCCACGGAGUACUCCCAGUUCGCUAACAGCCAUCACCACCACUACCUCCUCUUCCUCUACGCCAGUAUUAUCUACCACAACUACCGCCAAUACAACGUCAUCGUUGACAUCUGCCCUGAAUAUUCCGCAACCAUCGUCACGACUCAAUCUUCAUAAACCCCCGGAUAGAGCUAAACCUGGUCACAAUCCCCAGCCAGUACCGCUGACAACCACAGUUGUGGCAAGCGACGACGACGAUGUAGACGAUGACGGUAUUCCCCGACCACAUAUCAUUGUUCGGGAUCCACUAUCCAUCAAUGCAAACUCGAGUUCGAAAUCUCAGCAAGAACAGGACAAAACCGUUAAGAAGUUCAACAUGGGCAUAGUCUACCCGGAGGAGAAGAAGAAGGAUCAAUCCAAAGACAUCAUGCUCAGUGCCAAGAGCAUAACCACCCUGGCUAAACCACAAAUUGCCGUGAAAAACGUGGAAAGCAUGAAGGCCGUUCCUCCGGCAGGAAUUAGGACAUCUUCAUCGCCCGUGUCGGUAAUGUCCCGGGUGUCAUCUUCCGGUAGCAAAUCAAUUCGAGCAUCUCCGGUGCAAAAUCUAGUCGCUAGCCCGAAGACACCACAACCCCCCUCUAGGCAACAUCCUCUAAUUCGUACUCCGCUGUCCACUGGCUCAUCUGCUGUGCUCAGCAACAAGCAAUCUCCCCACCCAAGGCAGCAAGUUCCGGUAAUAACGAGCGCCAAAUCGUUGCAGCUCAGCACACCCAAUCUAACAUCCGCAGGAAACUCCAUCGCACCUCAGUCGAGGCCGCCUGCUUCGAUUGUAUCGCCCACCGCAACGAACCCAAGUACGCCUAGAGGUGCGAUAGCAGCCCAGCAACUGCGAGAGCUACAGCAACGAAUCAGUUUGAAUAACAGCAAUAGCAGUAGUAAUUCCAGCCACUUGGGAAUGUCGAAAUCGAGAAAGCCAUCUAUUCAACCGACUAAUCAACGUCAAGCCACCGCAAAGCAGCAAUCCACGGCAGCUCAUCCAGUUGGAAUAUUUGCGUCGCCUUCUGCGGCAACCCAUCUAACCAGCCAAAAGCAACUCAAGUCACAGGUUACUUCGUCUAGUGCCAGUCCCGCAGCUGCGACGGCGAUUGGUGGUCGGGCAACCAACAAAUCUUCUUUGUCGGAUAGCGUUAGCAUAACGAAGAUUACCAGCGCUGGUCAACGGAUAGCGAUGACCAAUCCAUCCACGAUGCUGAACGCGUCGUCUUCCGUUGCGACGACGAAUUCCAGCACCUCGAAUUCGACCUUGGGCAUGAAUCCUUCCGCACUGGGUGCGAGUCUUGGCCGAAAGCAGGACUUGGUCAUUACGAAGACAACUCCCGGCGGUGCUACGGCGACCGUGCGGAAGGUGCUCCCCGGGCCGAAUAUGAUCGUGAAGGCACACAGCGGACUGCCGAACGCGGCUAUCAAGCGUGCUUUCCCCACCAUGUCGCCAACCAUGAAACAACCCGGACCAUCUCAGUUGAUAUCAAGCAUGUCGAAUGCAGCCUCGUCAUCGAGUGCAACAGGAUCGAGUUUGCCAGCCGGCCUGACUACCACCAACAGCAUAACCGUGCGAAAGCGGAAAGCACCCGAAACAACUCUGAUCGACAGCCUCAAGGCCAAGAACAGCUCGAUCACGAUCAGUGAAGUUCGUUCGGCUUAUCAACCACCGCCGGCGAAAAAGCCCCUUCAGGGCCUACCGAUGCAGUCACAAAAACGGUUUGGCAGUGGGAUAACGAUUACACCACGAAAGCCCGCACCUCAGCCACCGCAGCAAAAUGUCCUAGAGGUAGUGGAAAUUGAAUGAGUUCAGCAGCAAACAGCCGGCAAUCAGUUCUAGAAGGACUCGUUACCGCCGAUUAAAUGGCCAGAGCGACCAACAUCGCGGAGGUCGGAUCUGCAAUGAACAGUGUUUUUUGCCAUCAGUUUUUGCUUUAGAACAAGUUUAUGUUUGGUUUAAACGAUUUUUUGUUCAGAUUUCUGAAUGUAUACACCUACCAUACAGUGCGAAUAGUGAGAAACAAAAUGCAAAGAGCGGAACGGAAUGUACAGGUUUAAAUAAAACUCGCGCCAAGAAACCAAAAUUCAACCUAAACACUACUGUAUAGUUACUAUUAGCAGAAGCAGAUUUCUGAGGGUGUUAUUUUAGGAUUUUAAAAAGAAGGAUUGAAAGUUUCGCACAAUAUUGAAGACAACGAGUCGUUCAUUGUUUACCCUUUUUUUUCUAAGCCGAUAUCGUUGAUGUGUACAAUAUUUUGGUUAGACAGCAAAAGUGGUAGUUUCGGUUUUGUAAAUAUAUGUAAUUAUUCUUUAAUAAAUUAUUUAUUUACUCUGAACAUAAAUAUAAAGUAGUAUUUUAUCAAUCAGAUAAAAAUAAUCUAAUAGAAGAGCAGUACCUAUCUAAAACAUCAAUAGAACAUUCACCCUUUGCUUGUUCCGCUCUCAGUAUCAUCGAGACUUAAGUUGGUACGUGUACAUAACGGUUACCUUUUUAAUGGCAAUAAUCCGACUAUGGUGUACAUUUUGUUAAAUAGCAUUUGUGAUUUUACACAAACUCUGAAAUAAUAAAUCAUAAUAAUUUAUCUUGUGA